UCUAGUUCAUAGAUCAUAGAUGUGUGAGCUCCGGUAACUGUAAUUUCCUAUCAGCUGAGCUCAAUCUUCAUGGUUUAAACGAAUGAUUCACUCGUCGUAAGUAAAAUCCAAGGUUUCGACCUCCACCAUGUGUGACUGUCUUCUUCCCUCAGUCCCUCUAGCCAUCUCUCUCACCAAACAUCGCUUUAAUUUCAUUCUAACCAAACCCAAGCCCAAACCCACUUGGGCACCACAAAGCAGACCAGUUCCAUUCAUUCACACCCGUAACUCCACUCGUGUUUGGAAUUCCAGAGUUCCUCUCAACCCAAGUGGAGCUCAAGGCGAAUUAGCGUUUAAGGAAGAGAAUGAGUUCGAGCUCAAAGAGAAAGAGGGAAACGGAAUUGGUACAAAGCGUGAUGAAACGGCAUCGUCUGGUUUAGAUUUUGGUGAAUCGAAGAGAGAUAAGAGGAGCGAAGAAAGGUUGGAAGAGAGGGAUUUGGUUGAAGUUGGAGGGACUGAAGAAAGAGUGGGAUUGAGGAAAAGGAAACAAGUGGUGCGGAGGUCGAGUUUUCUGGCGAAGCAAGUGAUUAGCAUUCGAAGUGCUCUUUGCUUGGGCUUUGUCUCUCAGCUUUGGGUGGACACCACAUAUUGGGUGGUUUUGUUUGUAGAAGUGAGGCCAAACUUGCUUUCAGGGGAAUCAGAAAGGUUUCUUCUUGAGGAUGUCAGCCAGGUGUCAUUUUCUUGUUAUAUGGAAGAACAUGCUGAUUUGGAGAGGAUGAUGAUGAACAUAUGUGGAUUGCUUUUGGACCUUCAUUUUGUUAAAGAUCUUGUCCUGUCCUCGGUUGGUGAUGUUGUUCUCAUCCAGGAUGAGAGUGUUAUGGAGAAUGAGUUUAAAAUGGUUGGACUGGAAACCUUGGUAGGAUACAAAGUCGUAACACCAGCUCGUCGGAAUAUCGGGAAGGUGCGGGGGUAUAGUUUUAACAUUAAUUCAGGGGCCAUUGAAUCACUGGAGCUUGACUCUUUCGGAAUCUCCAUUAUUCCAUCAAGUUUGGUUAGCACCUAUGCUCUCUUUGUGGAGGAUGUGCUGGACGUUAUACCUGACGCAGUUGUUGUGCAUGAAGCUGCGGCCUCACGCAUACAGAGACUAACAAAGGGUUUUUUGGGCACCCAAAAUGUGGGGACUUCAGUAGAUGAGCUUGGAGAAUAUCCAGACUUUGAAAGACCUGCUAGGUCUGAAUAUGGUCAGAGUGUAAGAAGAAGUUACGGUAGCCAGAGAUUCCAACCAAGGAAUAGGGAAACCGAGGAUGAUUGGGAGCUUCCGAAGGAUUACUUGUGAUCUUUAGGGUUUACCCGCUGACUCCCAUGUAGAUACAUAUGUACAUUCUCAUUGCUGUCUUUCCUCAAUAGUCAUGCCAUUCAUUUUCAUCUUUGUGGUUGGAUAUCUUAAAUUGCUUUCACAUUUAUAAGAUGGAAGCUGUUGGACAUACGAGGGUCUUGAGUUAACGAUGUUUUGCUGGAUUCAUUUGGUUUAGUUAAUAGCUAUGUAAUAAACGAGACCAUUGGGUUUUUUGGCUUGUUGUAUAUGUAUUGAUACUUUACUCUCUGCAGUAUGCUCUAUGACAACAUUUUCUUCAAAA